AUGCGGCCACAACGUGAAUACCAUAUUGUUGUGUUGGGUGCUGGUGGUGUCGGAAAAAGUUGCUUAACAGCCCAGUUCGUUCAAAAUGUUUGGAUCGAAAGCUACGACCCCACGAUCGAAGAUUCAUACCGGAAACAGAUCGAGGUAGACCUUAACAGGGUCGACAAUGUAUACUGGAGAUUCUUGAUACCGCAGGAACAGAACAGUUCAGCAAUCCACCACGACGAUCAAUGCCGGGGACCGACCCCGAGCAAAGCACACCAUACUAACAACACCCUCCACAGAGAGCUCUACAUGAAGCAAGGCCAGGGCUUCCUCCUCGUCUUCUCCAUCACCAGCAUGUCCUCCCUAAACGAACUCUCCGAGCUCCGCGAACAAAUCAUCAGAAUCAAAGACGACGAAAACGUCCCAAUCGUGAUCGUGGGCAAUAAAUCCGACCUGGAAGAAGACCGCGCUGUACCACGCGCCCGCGCCUUCGCUCUAUCCCAGAAAUGGGGUAACGCCCCAUACUACGAGACAUCUGCCCGCCGCCGCGCAAACGUCAACGAAGUAUUCGUCGAUCUAUGCCGCCAGAUCAUCCGCAAAGACUCCGAGGGCUCAAGCAGCAGCAGCGAUAAGCGCGAGGGCCCGAAUCGCUAUGACCGCAAGAGAGAUAAUCGCCGGCCGAAACAUCGCCGUGGACCGUGCGUCAUCCUUUGA